CUACUUCUUAUCAUACAUUGUCCAACUAAGAUCACUUGAUCGCCGGAUAUCACUGAUGGAUCAUGAUAGAUAUUUCACCUUGAUAUUGAUCCAAGAAUAGAGCCACCAUUUGAGACCAACACUGCCUCCCUUGUCAUUAUGUUUAUGAAUUCAUUAGUUACUUAUAUCGAGUAUCAUCAACAUAAAUAAAAUCGUCAAUAUCAAGUUCAUACUCUUGUCCAGUAUUGAUCAUCAAACACCACCUCAGAAACACGUAGAAGCCGCAUGGGUUGGUCCCACAUUCAGGACGAAUCAGGUAUCGACAGGUUACGAGACAGCAUGCACUAUACCUCGCGGCAUGAGAAGAGCUCAAAGUCCACCUUUUCGAAGUGACGCUACAUAAGCGACACCCAUCCGGCCGGCCUAACCUUCGGCUGAGCCACGGCAAGCAGCCACCAGCAUUUUCUAUCAAACAGUGACGCUCCACGUAUUGAAACGCGAAUCAUCUCCGUUCCCGGAGACGAUUAAAACCGUCUACCGUGUUGCGGGACGAGCAACUGAUCACUCUAUGCUACGAAACAAAAGGCCUCUUCAUUUCCUCACGCAACGCCAGCUUCGGCGAGGGAGUCUGCAAACUGCAGAGAUGAGAGACAGUCGCUGCGUCUCAUCGAAAAACGUGCCUUCAGGGAAUGGAAAGGGAAAUGGCUUCUUCAUAUCCCUCUCCUUGUGAGCAGUAUCAGCAGUACCAUCUCUCUCUUAAUACUGUAGACUUAUUGUCCGUCAGGGAGUGGGAUGAAAGAGACAAGAUAUAUAUGCACAUAAAGAUGUGAAUUGAAGGAAACGGAGAGGAGCAAUGUGCAGAUAUUACUGCAGCUUUUCGGGCUACAGUAUAAAGCAAACCACCGUCUCCUUUAUUCCACACGCGCUGCUUCUCAGCCCUUCUCCUUCUCAUGCCUUGAUCUCUUUCUGCUUCUCUUUACCACCUUCCAUGGCUGCUCUCUUUCCUGGCAGCGGGAACAACAACAAGAGCACCGACAAGUUAGACGCCGAUGCGCUCUCUUGCUCCUCCGCCGCCGUCACUGGCAGCGCCGGCGAUAACACGACCUACGUGCACGCCGACCCGGCCAACUUCCGAGCCUUGGUGCAGAGGCUGACCGGCCCCGCUGGAAACUACUCCUCCGUCCACAAGCUGCCUGUCGCGAGUCCCGCCGCCGCUCGGAACGUGCGGUCCAAGAGGCAGAAGCUUCAGGAGAGGAGGCGGGCAUCCACCAAACUCGAGAUCGACAUUGGCCAUUCUCUCUACCGCGCCAGCACGACGACUCGUUGCUACCGACCUCAUCAUCACCACUGUUCCAAUACAACAGUAAGUCGGAGGAACGGAGACGAGGUAGGGCUCCUGCUAUCUCCGAUAUCCACCAUUGACUCUUGCUUGCUCGCCUAUUCUGCGAGUCCAACCACUGCCACCAAAAAUGAAGAGGAAGAUAGAGCGAUCGCAGAGAAGGGGUUCUAUCUGCACCCUUCUCCUGGGAGUAACAACGGCGAUCCACCAAAGCUUCUCCCAUUGUUCCCUCUCCAUUCUCCUAAGAACUCCGUUUCUUCCUCGGAGUGAUUGCCCCUUUUUUUUUCUUAUUCUUAUCGUUGCUGUCAUCCAAGUUUAGUGAUCUUCACGACUGUUCCAAGUGCAACAGAAGUCACAGAAGGAAUCACGUCAAGAGUUGUGCUA